AUUAUUAUUAUUAUUAUUAUAAACUGCGCAGGAAGCCGUGAUACAGUUGAUGAAACAGCUUUAGUACUUGGACAAUUUGUGUCUGGAAACAGAAAACUCUCAAGAACGGAAACAGACAGACAUUCAGACAAACAGACACUGCAGGCCAAGAAUCUACUUCUCAUGACAAAACUGCCGCCGGAGCUGACGAUUUCAAAUCGGCAGUCUGCCGACGAAAAUACAUUCAGUCAGUUCUCAGGCCUACCCAGUCAGCCGAGAGGACAGAAAGUGGCUCCAUCUAUUGUACGAAAAAUAAGUGACGGGUAUCUCCGCCAUGACAGUCACGUGACCUACCGACGCAAGCUGGAACCUGAAGACUCCAGCUACGACAGUGAUCAUGAGUUCCUAAGCUCAAGUCGAUCUUCAGAAUCGGCGCAUACGCUUCAUACGUAUCUACGUAGUAGCAGCAGCCACGACGACAUCUCCAGAAGUGCGUCAGAGACGCUUGGUCAGGAGUACGCCGAGUAUGUUACGUUUAAAAAGUCUGGUUCAAGGGAUUCCUCCCCGACCCUCUCGGAGCGGCUGGAGGGUGUUCGCGAGAGCCCGGGGUUGGAUAGGCUGGAGAGCGUUAGCGAGGACCCGGGGGAUGUUAUAGACGACAUAUAUUCUAUCACACAUAAUCCUAAUUACAACACUAAGGUUGAAUUCGCGCUUAAGCUUGGAUAUCCUGAACCCUUGACACAACGCGCACUCCUUAAGGUUGGAUUUAACGCGCAGCAGAACGAGCUAUUGGAUGAACUAAUCCGGCUACAACAGCUGAAGGGAGCUGAUCCUAAGGUACCGGAUUUCAUAAAAAAUCUGAAUUUCUAUUUAGAUGGGAGCAAUGUUGCGAUGUCGCAUGGAAACAAAGAGAGAUAUUCCUGUCUUGGAAUACAGCUUUGUGUUGAAUGGUUUCAAAAUCGAGGACAUAAGGAUAUAACAGUAUUCGUACCAAGCUGGAGAAAGGAAUCAAGUAAACCUGAAACUCCAACAACUGCCCAGCAUAUUCUAAUAGAUCUAGAGAAACAGGGUUUGAAAAGUUUAAUGUCGUCUUUACAGUCACAUUCUUUGUGGGUAACCCUGUACUUCUCGUUCUUGAUGGAUUCCAUUAUCAUGAUUUUAUUUUUUAGAUAUAUCUUGAACCUUGCCGCAGCUACAGAUGCUGUAGUUGUCUCCAAUGAUAACUUCAGGGAGUUGAUAAACGAGAAGCCUGAGUUCAGAAAGGUUGUUGAAGAGAGAAUACUUAUGUUCUCUUUCGUUAAUGACAGGUUUAUGCCCCCUGAUGACCCUUUGGGCAGAAAUGGUCCAACUCUUGACGCAUUUCUACGCAUAAACCAUACCCCUGCUGAUUUGCCUCCCCCAUGCCCCUAUAGUAAGAAGUGCACCUAUGGGAAUAAGUGUAAAUUCUACCACGCUGAGCGAGGAACAGUUCCUCAUAAGUCUGUAACAGAUCGUCUCAAGGAACAUUCUACCAUGAAGAUUCUUGAGGUACGAACCAGGAACACAAGCAGGGAUUCGUCUCCAGGAGAUAUUGCCAGGACAAAAUCAAUGAAUCUUGUCCUACAAAGAACGGAGUCAGACACAUCUGCUUUUAGCAGACCAAAGCAGUCUCUGACAAGAACACGAAGCUCUCGUCCGGCCAUCUCAGGUUCGGAUAAGUUCUCCGACUCCCUUCUUAUGCUUGGGAACAAGACGGAUAUCACCAAAUCCCAAUCUACCGAUAACAGGUUUGGACGUCCCACAGGAGAUUGGUCCAACCUAGAGAUGGGUUGUCUAAAUAACUACGGUUUAAGGGAUCUUAUACACACUGCUCCACCUCCCCCCGGACCCUGGAACACCAUGGUUCCUCCUCCUGCCCAGGAUGGUAACUCCCACCGGAGACUUGAACGUCAGCUGACGAUUAAUCCAUCAUUUGAUCCCAGGAUCAAUAAACCAAGAUUUCCUAAAUCCCAGGAUUUGCUAUCAACAGAGGCUAUGGAGUACAUGCAUAGAAACCCACCCCCUCCCUUUGGCAUUACCCCAGAAAGCAAUGAAUUCAAUCAUCAAAAUGUGACAAGAAUUGCUUCUGCUCCAGAUUCCCUCCGUCAAUGGGGAAGCAGUGUCAUAUCUCCUCCAGUAACAGUUGUAGAGCCUCUAAACCUUGGGGUUCUAAACCAACAGUCCUCUCCCAUACAGAGGAACUCAUCCACCUCAGAUUCCCAGCUGAACCGAACUCUCUCUGCCGGACCUUUCCUCACGGAUACAUGGAAUUUCGACUCUGGGAUAACACCAAUACUUACUCCCUCCUCCUCUCAGCUCAGCAGCAUCUGGGGACCAUUGCCGGCAGCUCAAAGCACUCCACAAGCGUCACCCAAUCAGAGCAUCCUUGGCCCGGUCGGAAGCAGGCCGGUCAAGGACUCCAGGUUGGAACUAAAGUACCAUCUUUCUGCUCUGUUCCCCCAGGACCAGGUGGAACAGGUUCUAACCAUGAUGCCGGAUGAGUAUGAUCCUAAAACCUUGUGCGCGGCAAUCAUGAAAAUGUUCCCACCCGCAUAAGUUGAAGUAUCACCAAGAAAUAGGUUUUAUACCAGACUUGGCCCACUAUACUAUAUAUAUAUAUUGUCUAUAUAUGUACCAUUAUUAUUAAUGAUCGUUAUCACAAAUUCAUUAUCUACCCAUUCCUAUUUAAAGAUCUGUAAAGUAAAGGAACUUAAUGUGUCUAAAUAUGAACUUACAGAAGUUUACCAAGAAAUACAUAUUAACAAUUCAUUUUUAUUAAUAUUUGUACAUUUGUAUAAUUGAUGAACUACCGUCCAUGUUGUUCGGCAUCUUGUUAUUUACAGUAAUAUCGUUUUAUGUACAGUAAUUGUUAUGUACUUCUCAAAUGUAAAAUGAGAAAUACUAAAAAGCGUAGUAGGUAGCUAGCACAAGUACUGCUGAUUAUGUUUAAAUGUACCCAUAAUACCAAUUAAUUGUAAAACUCAGCCUGUCCUAGCCACAGUUCUACGUUAUAACAUUGUUUUUAUAGUGAUUUAUUAAAAUGUAUUUAACCCAUAAUCAAUUUAUAACGUUUCUAUAUCAUA